AUGAAGAUAGAGAAGUUUUUCUCUACCCAAGCUGCCCGAUUCCUCGAGUUUUUCUGGAAACCAGGCACGGAUAACGUCCAAGGCAUCAGCCAACCACUGGCCCAGGAAACGGUCAAGGGAACACUCCAAGAAUUGAAAGAUAUUUACCCUGAGCUAAGAGAAGCAGCCAAGGCUGAAGUGAAGUAUAGAUUUUACCGUUCGUGGGGCGUGUGCUUUGCCAACAUAAGCAUGGUGUUGCGGUCCCGGCCCCCGGCCCUGCACCCGCCAUCGCGGUCGUUGUGCCGCCCCGCAACUGCGCCCGGCCCAAACAAGGAGAGGUUCUUCAUCCGGGUCACCGAGAUCAUUAGAACCUUCUUCUCUAUUGUCACAGAGGCGGGUGACAUCCCCGAGUCCGCCACCUUGUUCAGAGCCCUGCAACAAUACGAUCAAGAUGAGCUAUCGCAGAUCGUGACUUCUCUCUUUCCUGAACAAGUUCAAGUUCUCCUUGGUGGGACAGAACCCAAGACCGCGCGGCAGGGGGCAAAUGUUGACAACAUUUGGUCCACUCCGGCGGCAGUGGGAAACAUCAUCACCGGGCCACCUCUGCCUCUGGUGAGCACUCCGGCACUUAGAGAACGGUUUCCUGACAUAGGGAUCUUCUCUAAUGCGCCCUUCACCAAUUCAGCAGGCGUAGCUUGGAUAAUUCUAGACCCGAAGAAGAUACCCCUAGACAAAGUCAAGAUCCUUGGAUCUGAUGAUAUGGGAAUCUAUGCCCCAAACCAAGAGACCCCUCAGGUCGAAUUUUGCAACCAGGUGGCUGACCACCUGGAGUCUGGGUGGGGAAGGAAGAUCCAAAUCAUGUUAGGCGACUUCAACGCAGUUGAGUCAGCACUGGACAGGAACCCACCUAGGAUUGAAGACCAAAGGGUGCGGGAGGCCCUAAAGAGGACGGCAGCCCCGUACUACGAACUUUAUGAUGCAAAUCUGAUCACAAGCAACGUCCAGCAGGUCGACAAAUACCGCAACUGGCCGUUUGAUUUCGGCCCACGAGGAGAGAUUAGGCCAGGGAGGACUCCACCUCCUCCGAUCAAAGCACCAACAGACGAAGACUGUCUUUGGGCGGUGGAUGUGUAUGCAAGCGAUGAUUUUGACACAGAGAUGUUCAUGGCUUUGCGCUCUAACCGGCGUGAAGUAAACAAUCCAGAUUCUGACGGAGUAUUCCUGGUUAGAAUGCUUGAGGUCUUUGAGGGCAAGCCUCUUGCGGAGCAGAAAAAACUUCUCACAAAUUCUCACCUGAAAGAAUGCAUUCUGAGUUCAAGAAACGUUUUCAACGGUGCAUAUCAAAAGGGGCUCAAAGCUGUACUACCCCAUCUUUGGGGAAUAUUACGUUCUUUGUGGAACACCAUGCGCGCCUAUCAAACAGUGGUGCUUCCCUUCUUCCAAGAGGAAAUUGAUCGCCUGAAAAUGGCAAAGGAAUUCCACCUUAAACAGAUUGACAUACAUAUACAAGCAAGGGACCAAAGAUGGGAGAUAGCCUUGCUUUCGGAAGUCUGCGACAAGGAAACAAAGCGAACUGGGAGGCCGCGGAAGCUCGAUGUCCUCAUCAGUACCUCUUCAGUUGCCUGGAAGACACCGCAUCAGCAAUCACCACUCCCAGCAGCGCAGUCUACGAUUCUGGAGUCAUCGGAUAUCACAUCCGGACUGCCAGACAAUUACAUUACUCAUCCCUUCACCAGCCUUAAAAGACUCAAAAUCGACGCGCAGAGAGUCCUCGAGCGACUAAACCAGAACAGCGAUGCCGGUAAUCAGUAUAACCUUGUGCUCAAUCUCCCACGGGCAAUCCGAACUCAACUGGGUGGGGAUAAGAAUGCCUUGGAGGGAAUUACUUUUCGGUUGAUGUUCGAAGCGACCACUGCCCUGAUCAAGAUUGUCCCAAGAGAUGUCUACUGCGUCUACUUGUCGCAACUGUGGGGCCACAUUCCCCUACUGGUCCUUGUCUACCUCGUGGUUGACAAGCCGGAUCAAGAUGGGGACGAAGACUACGAGCUUAAAGGGAUGAUCAAAUACCAUGCGGGUGCAACAUAUCAGUGCCUUCUUGCACAGGUUGGGCCAGCCUGCCGGUCGACCUGGGGCCAAGUCCCGACUCAUAUUACUUGGACCGAGGCUAUUAUAGGCAAUAAUCAAUGGGCUGUCAACAUGGAUGAACUGGUGUCUAUCCCCAGCGAAGGGCUUGCACCUCAACAUGGUGCUGGGGUCUAG